UUGUAAUGUGAUUAGUGUAAUUUCCCUCAUUGUUGCGUUUUGUGUGUGAUUGUCGAAGAAGAAGAAAUCGAAACUCAUGGAGGAACCAAGAGAUCAAAAACAAGCUCCACCAUCUGAACAAAAUCCCAAUUCAAUUCCAGAUUCAAAUCCUAACCCUAACCCUAAUCGUCCUAGAACAGUGAAAGGAAAAUCGUGUAAGGGAUGCGCUUAUUACUCUUCUGUUCUUAAAUCCAAAUCUAAAAAUCCAACUUGUUAUGGUUUGUCAAGAACGCUUCAGGAAGUUCCCCCAUAUGUCGUGGGAGAAAGUGAGUUGGAAGCUUCUAAAGAGGGCCGCAAACUUGCAAAUUUCAAGUAUGCUUGUAUUGGGUACUCUAUCUACUUAGACAACAAAGAUUCUUCACCUGACUCACAGGACAAAACAGCAAAGUUGCCCUUUUGCGUUGGACUUGAGGUUUCAAGGGUAGUCUCGGAGGUGAAUCCUUCUACUUCACCUGUUGGCCAAGUUCCUGCUCAUGCUCGUCAAACUAACGACCGUGAACAUCCAGCCGCUCAACCACGUAUGAGUAAACCUCCAAUUACUUCAGCAGAAGAAUUCUUAAACAGGUUUCAAAAAAAUGCUACCCUAGUGGCAUACGGUGUUGUAAAAAACUUGAACAAAGUCGGUAACCGUAUAAAAGAGUCCCUAGAUGACAUUCUAUAUCGGAGACCCAAGUAAAGCUGGCCAUUGCAAUUUCUUUGCAAGAAAUAAUUUAAAUUUUACACAUAUGCUAUUUUGUUAAUUUAUUGUUUGUAUUUUGUCAGUUUUUGGCACUAACUAGUUUCUAGUGCUUUAAAUGUAUAUUUUCUGAACAAUCAUAAUAAUAAUCAUAAAAUUAUAUGACCAUCCCAAAAUUUAUAAUGA